AUGGCACCGCAAAAUCUUUACGACUUCAUUUCCGAGGAUCAGAUUCCGGAAAUUUGGCAGAAACCUGAAAGUGGAAAUUAUCGUCAAUGUGUGGCGCGUCCUAAGAACCACACGAGACUGCACCGAAAAACCAAUGGGUAUCUUCUAGUACACGCAAAUGGGGGAUUGAAUCAGAUGAGAACUGGGAUAUGUGACAUGGUUGCUGUUGCCAAGAUUAUGAAUGCAACUCUUGUUCUUCCUUUUCUCGACCACGAAUCUUUCUGGACUGACCCGAGCACAUUUAAAGAUAUUUUUGACUGGAGAAACUUCAUGAAUGUGCUGAAACACGAUGUUGAGAUUGUCGAGUACUUGCCUCCUCAGUAUGCUGCCAUGAAGCCUCUGCUAAAGGCCCCUGUUUCUUGGUCGAAGGCUAGUUACUACAGAAGCGAAAUGCUGCCACUGUUGAAACGUUACAAGGUGUUAAAGUUCACGCUUACUGAUUCGCGGCUUGCUAACAAUGGCUUGCCACCAUCGAUCCAACGACUGAGAUGUCGUGCUAAUUACCAGGCACUGUUGUACACCAAGGAGAUCGAGGACCUCGGAAAGGUUUUGGUUAACCGGUUAAGAAACAACAGUGAGCCGUAUAUCGCUCUCCAUUUGAGAUACGAAAAGGACAUGCUCGCCUUUACAGGAUGCAACCACAACCUUACAGCUGAGGAAGCUGAAGACCUGAGAAUAAUGAGGUACAGCGUCAAACAUUGGAAGGAGAAAGAGAUUGACAGCAGAGAGAAACGUAUUCAAGGCGGUUGUCCAAUGUCUCCGCGAGAAGCAGCCAUAUUUCUAAAGGCAAUGGGAUAUCCGUCCUCCACGACUAUAUAUAUAGUUGCUGGUGAGAUCUAUGGAAGCAAGAGUAUGGAUGCUUUCCGUGAAGAGUACCCAAAUGUGUUUUCUCACUCAACCCUCGCGACUGAAGAAGAGUUAGAGCCUUUCAGUGCAUACCAAAAUCGCCUUGCUGCACUGGAUUACAUUGUGGCCCUUGAAAGCGAUGUCUUUGUAUAUACAUAUGAUGGAAACAUGGCUAAGGCGGUACAGGGACACAGAAGGUUUGAAGGGUUUAGGAAGUCUAUUAAUCCAGACAGGUUGAAUUUUGUUAGACUGAUAGAUCAUUUUGAUGAGGGAGUCAUGUCUUGGGAAGAGUUUGCUUCCGAGGUUAAGCGACUAAACAGAGACAGGAUCGGAGCGGCUUAUUCGAGACUGCCUGCUGCUUUUCCCAGGCUAGAGGAGAAUUUUUAUGCGAACCCACAGCCCGAUUGCAUAUGUGACAAGUCUCAUCCCGAGCAGCUCUGGAAAAAAUCAAGUCUAGGAACGGAGUCAAAGACAUGGAAGAAGAGUGCUUUAAGAUAG